GGUAAGUGACAUCUCUCUGGUUACAGGAGCUACAUCGCUGAUUCCUGAGUGCUGCUGCCCAGAUCCAAACUUACCUGGUUUCACCCAAUCAUUGGUUUAAUUGUCCAGCUGCAUCAAGUCUGCUGGGAGAAUAUAAAGCCAUCGCCUGAGAGCUGCUAGCACAACUACAACAAUGCAGGAGCCCAUUCUAGAUAAAGUAUAGAUGGAAGCUCCGGUUUAUCUCUCUGAAAUGAUAUAUAAUGUCCAGUGAUCUCCUGGCUGCAGAUUAUCAGGACAGGGUACAAAUGUUUCCGCUUGGCCACAAUACCAUGAAGAUUAUCUUAUUACUCAUCGUCGGAGAGGUCUUAUCUUCUGUGCAAGAGGUUCUACAUCAUCGAGAGAAACGAGGAGCCAGGACAAAUAAAUACUUGUGCACGGACCGACCCUCAGGAAGGAUAUUCACGGGAGGAGACACCUGGAUGCGCUCUGCUGGACGGAGGGUGGAGUUCUGUCGCUGUGAAGAUGGGAGGAGCCGAUGUCACAGUGUGCCGUUUAUAGAUUGUAUAGAGCAGCACUGCUACAAUGGAGGGCGUUGUCUGCAGGCGCUGUAUUCCUCACAUUACCUGUGCCGAUGUCUACGAGGAUUCACCGGAGAGCACUGCGAAAUAGACACUCUUGACUCGUGUUAUCAGGGCUCAGGACAGACAUACAGAGGAAACCACAGCAAGACUCUGAGUGGAGGGGUCUGUAUGAACUGGAACUCCCCAGCUCUCAGUCAAAAGAAAUACAAUGCACAGCACAGAGAGGCGCAACAACUUGGACUGGGCAACCACAACUACUGCAGGAACCCUGAUGAUGACAUCACUCCCUGGUGCCAUGUUUUCAAGGAUGGAAAGUACAGCUGGGAGUACUGCAGCGUGCCACCCUGCAAAGUGGCCCCAUCAAAAUGUUAUUCUGACAGAGGGACAACAUAUCGGGGUUCUCAGAGUGUCACCACCUCUAAUACCCGCUGCUUGCACUGGGACUCACCUUUGCUAAAAAACAGAGCAUUUACUGCCUGGAGUGACAAUGCCCGCAGUCAGGGACUGGGGAGCCACAAUUACUGCAGGAAUCCAGACAAUGAUGUUCGUCCUUGGUGUCACGUUAGGAAUGGGACAGAAACAGCCUGGGAAUUCUGUGAUGUCCCCCAAUGCUCCACCUGUGGUAUUCGGAAACCUCAACAGCAUCCUCAACAACAAACACAAUUACUGCCCCAGUUCCGGAUCGCUGGAGGCCUUGGUGCACAGAUAACCUCUCACCCAUGGAUGGCAGCCAUCUUUAUUAAAGGGCGUCGAUCUGAGUUCUUUCGCUGUGGAGGGACUCUCAUAGACCGCUGUUGGGUGUUGACAGCAGCCCAUUGUUUCCCUGAUGAGGCCUCCCCUCAGCAGUUCAAUGUGAAACUGGGCCGGACAUUCCGGGUUGUGCCUGGGGAGGAGGAACAAAGAUUUGAAGUGGAAACAAUUUAUAGUCACCCUCAGUUUGAUGAAAGGACCUUUGACAAUGACAUUGCUCUUCUAAAGCUCAAGUCUGCUUCUGGGUCAUGUGCGAUGGAGACAGACAGUGCCAGGCCAGCAUGUAUGCCAGAGAGAGGACAGACACUGCCAGACUGGACGGAGUGUGAGAUUUCUGGAUACGGGAAGCUUGAGCAGUUUUCUCCAUUCUAUUCUGAACAGCUUAAAGAAGGUCAUGUAAGACUGUACCCCGACACCAUGUGUACCCCCAAGCAGCUAUCUGACCGCCUUGUGACUGCUAACAUGCUGUGUGCGGGUGACACGCGGAACCAGGAUGACGCCUGCCAGGGGGACUCAGGGGGUCCUCUCGUUUGCCUUGUGAACGGACGCAUGCACCUUAUGGGUGUCAUCAGCUGGGGUGAUGGAUGUGGUCAAAAGGAUAAGCCCGGUGUUUAUACGCGGGUGACGCGCUACAUAGACUGGAUACAGGCCAAAUCCGGCAUCCGUAUGAACUGAGACUACACCUAAAUCACUAUGGCAUUGCUGGACAUGUCAGACCACAGAAUGUAUCAUGUCACUACCAAAGAAGAACGUAUUUAAAAACUGUUCAAUAGGAAUAUAGGAUAUUUAUUACUUUUAUAUCUGUCCUUACAAAGGCCAAGGAGCAGCAUUACACCAGCUGUGCCAUCUGGCGUCAGAGGACUACUGAAUCCACAGUGGUGGCAAAACGAUGUUCUGUAAGGGAAUAAAAGGAUUACCUGCGCGUGGAAUCAUUAUGGAACGAUUGGAAGAAACUUGUAUCAAGACAAAGUAUAUGGAAUGUGCAGAACUCUUCCCAUGGCAAUAACCCAUUUGUGCUUUUUAAAGCUUCAUUUUUUGAGCGACUGUGACACCCAGCGGGAUAAGCCCCGCAUGCAGCAUCUAACAGCCCUCACUGACAGUGCAUUAUGUCACCACCAAGUGUCGGAACAGCAUUAGGUGAAUGAAAUAUAACUGCCUAGGUGGUGGCUAUUCAAAUAACAAUACAAAGAUCAAGUUUGCCAAAUAACACAAAUGAAGACCGUGAAUAGGGAAGAAGAGUGAGAACAAUAUGCACACAGCCACCAGCUGACUAGAAGACAACCGCUGGAGAGGACAAUGGUCAGAAGACGAGACAAAGGGACAGAUGCAGCAUUAGAGGGCAGAACACGGACAGACAAGAACUCAAGAUGAGACAAAAUGAGCAGAUAGAGGACAUUACAGGGAUGGAUAACACAAAGAGAUGAGGUAAAGGGGUAUGCAGAGCAGUAUAGGACAGACGGGGAGACAACAACUGGAUAGGAUAGAUGACAGGAGAUGAAGCCAGAGCAGUAAAGGACAGGGGCAAAAACUACUGGGGGGACUGACACCAGGAAAUGAGACAAGGCCAACGAGUGAAGCAAAGGAUAUGCCACUGGAGACUGCUGGGUAUGAGUGGGCAAGCACUGUGGAGGAUAGACACCAAGAGAUCAGACAAGGGCAGCCUGAGCAGUAGAUGGCUGGGCACAUGUAGACAAGUACUGUAGAUCAUGGACACCAACGGGUCUAUUUACUAAGCCGUGGAUGGAGAUAAAUUACCAACCAACCAGCUCCUGUCAUUUUUCAAAUCCAGCCUGGAACACGGCAGUUAUGAGCUGGAUUGGCUCCAUCCAAGGCUUAGUAAAUAGACUCCCAAGAGAGGAGACAAAGGCAGCCUGAGCAGUAGAGAGCUAGGCACAUGUAGACAAGAGUAUGCAGUUAUAUUCCAGACUGUCAGGAUCCCAGUUGUCGAAAUCCUGAAAUGACGACAAUUGGAAUCCUGACCGCCGGCCACAAACACCACUUGGGUGGUGGCCCAUGCCACCACCCGAGGGGGGCGGUCGCCACCGUGCCUGAAGCGUAGCGAGUGCUCAUGAGGAGACACGCUGCACUCUUGGUUGGGAUUCCAGCUGUCGGGAUUCGGCGUCGGUAUCCCGUCAGUUGUGAAAUUAUACUGAUCCCGUAGACAAGCAUUGUGGAGAACAGACACAAGGGCAGCCAGAGCAGUAGAGGGCUGGGCAUGGGCUUAAAUUUACUGGGGAGGUUAGAUAAAUUAAAAAUGAGGGCCAGCCAGUGUAUUGGCAGCACAGGAAAGGGGCAGAUGAACAAAGGCAGACACAGCAGAAAUGCAAGGUCAAUGUGUUUGACCUAGUGUAACAGUAUAUUAGUUGUGUCAAUGCAUGAAUAUUUGUGUACCUAUACACCUGGUGGUGAUGAAUUUUAUUACUCGAUUGGAUUGAGUUUGAUGUAUUACUUUACAUAAACAUGGUGUGUUAAAAUAUUAGCCCUGAAGGCAAUGAACAAUGAAUUUUAAAACAAUUAAAUCCAAAAGGGCAAGUUGACUUAAAACUAAAAUUA